UUCUGUCCCAGUAGAUCAAAAUAAACCUCAGUAAAGGCAGAAGCAACAAGAAGACAUCAAGUUCAACCAAAAGGCAAAGCAGUGUAAAGAAGUAUCGGCGGUUAUAAGGACUCCACCUCAAACAACAAAAAUGGACAUCAAGACUGGUCAAAUAGUAUGGGCUCCGAGCCCCAUGGAGAGUCUAGAGAAGCAAUUGAGCUGCCCCAUCUGUCUGGACAUGUUCACAAAGCCGGUCGUCAUUUUACCAUGCCAGCACAAUCUAUGCCGCAGCUGUGCCAAUGACCUCUACGACUCCCAAAACCCUUACCACUACUCUGGAGGUAUCUUCCGCUGCCCUACCUGCCGCUUUGAGGUGGUGCUGGAUCGCCAUGGUGUGUACGGUCUGCAGAGAAACCUUCUGGUAGAGAACAUCAUCGACAUCUAUAAGCAACAAUUAGAGAAAGGAGGUAACGCCCUUGAACCCCCUUUAAAAUCCAAAGACACAAAAGAACCUAUGUGCGAGGUACACGAAGAUGAAAAAAUAAACAUCUACUGCAUAACCUGCCAGACACCCACUUGCUCGAUGUGCAAGGUAUUUGGUCAGCACAAGGAUUGCGAAGUUUCUACUUUGAAAAGUGUUUAUGAAACACAGAAGUCUGAACUGAAAAAUUCGAUUGACCUGUUAGGCGCAAGCAAUAGCUGUCUGCAGGCCAUGUUAACCCAGAUGCAGGAAACCUGCAAAACCGUGGAUGAAAACAGCCAGCUACAGAAACAGAAGCUGUCAGAGAAGUUUGACCUACUCUGCGCCAUCCUCGAGGAGCGCAAGGGCCAGCUCCUUGAAAAAAUCACACAAGAACAGGAUGAGAAGGUGGCGGUGGUGCGAUCUCUAGUCCAGCAGUACAAUGAACAGCUGCAGGCCAGCAUAAAGCUGAUGGAUAGAGCCUCCCAGACCAUGGACAACAGCUGUGUGGCGUUCCUCGUCACUGCCAAGAAGCUCAUCACUGAAGCCAAAGAUGUAUCAAAGAGCUCCAAUCUACAGAGGCCAGAGCCUUGCUUUGAGAAUAUGGACCACUUCACGCUCUUCACUGACGAUUUAGAGGCAAUGCUUGCAAAAAUGGACUUUAGAGUCAGUAAAGAUGAGGAUAAUUAUGAUGAGGAAGAAGAAGAAGAGGAGGAGGAAUAAAGCAACGAUUGACUUUAGGAAAAGACUCAAUAAAGGAGGCAACAGUAGAUUAAAACCCCUUACCAAUGCUUUGAUAAGGAAAUCUAGCUGCUUUUGAUAACUGUGAGGAAAAUGAAGUGCAAUCUUAUCAAAGCAGUAUUUUAAUUCAAAUUUCACCAUUUGUUGACUUUUCCACUUGACUUUUAUACUUUUUGUAUUACUGUGAUUUAUAUGAUUACAUUUUAUGUAGAAUGUAGAUAGUAAAGUUUAUACUUCAUUAGCUACAUUAGUUUUGUUUGCCAAGUUGAUAUUUAAGCUAUAUUUAUGAGCUGUAGAAUACAGCUGUGCUCAUUAAUUUUAGUGUCAUCUGAAUCAAAAUGUUUGAAUACUUGAAAUUGUAAAUAAUGUACUUGAUUGAUUAACUGUAAUGUAAAAGUUAUUUUCCAUUAGAUAAUUCAGUGAGAAUAAAGGACUUACAUGCAUUUUUAC